CAUGAAUCGAGGAAGAAGAGCAAGAGAGCGAGCGAGAUAAUCUAUUUCGCAUAUCAGCUGCUGGCGCUGUCGUUGACGUCGGCCAUUUUAUAUCAUAUACUUAAUUUAUCUUGUUAUUUACGAAUGUAUUUUAAAGUCGGUGCUGUUUAGUCUCUAAUUAAAUUUUGUGCAAAACGUGAUGAAAAAAUUGUUGUGCAGUGGUUAUUCUAAUAGAGUAUUAUUUUAAACAGUAUAUCCUUAUAUACAUUUCUUUUAUAUUGCAAGGAAUAAAUAUGUCUACCAGACAGAACACUGCAUCUAGGCCAGUGGCUGGUCAACCACAAGGCAAAAUUUGCCAAUUCAAAUUAGUACUGCUUGGAGAAAGUGCAGUUGGAAAAAGUUCUUUGGUGUUAAGAUUUGUCAAGGGGCAGUUUCAUGAAUAUCAAGAGUCUACUAUAGGUGCUGCGUUUUUAACUCAAACUGUGUGUCUGGAUGACACAACGGUUAAAUUUGAAAUUUGGGAUACGGCUGGACAAGAAAGGUACCACAGUUUGGCUCCAAUGUACUACAGAGGUGCUCAAGCAGCAAUUGUCGUCUAUGACAUAACGAAUCCUGAUACAUUUGGCCGUGCCAAAACUUGGGUCAAAGAGUUGCAAAGGCAGGCUUCUCCUAGUAUUGUGAUAGCGCUUGCUGGAAACAAAUCAGAUUUGGCAAAUAAGAGAAUGGUAGAGUACGAUGAAGCGCAGGCUUAUGCCGAAGAAAAUGGUUUAUUAUUCAUGGAGACUUCAGCAAAAACGGCAAUGAAUGUGAAUGACAUAUUUCUAGCUAUUGCUAAGAAACUUCCUAAGAAUGAUCAAAGCGGUGCUGCUGGAACAGCAAAUCAAGGACGUAGGUUAAAUGAUAGUGAAGCUGGAAAACAAACAUCAAAUUGUUGCAAGUGAUGGCUUACAGAUUUCAAAAGGAAUAAUCUUGCAAAACUGUCCGCAACUUGUUACAUCAUCGUGAUUUAAAACUAAAACCACUUGAACAUUUAUGUAAGAAACACAUAUAUCUUACCAGUUAAGCUCUUUGUGUUUAGUUUCCAAGCAG